AUGUUCUCUGCGCUCUCGAACGUGAGGGCUGCGUCGCCGCUCUCGCGUUCGUCUGCUUCAGAGGGCGGGCGAGACGCGGGGCCGCCGAGCCUCGGCUCCGGCUCCGCCGCGGAUUUGCUCGGCCUUGCGUCGCCGCUGGCCGGGGCGCUUCAAGCCCGCAAGGAGUGCAACGGUCCGCCUGUCCCCCACAACGGCGUGGAGGCGAUUUUCCUCUUCAACCCGACGCUUCAGCCCGCCCGAAAAACCCGCGCAGAAGACAAACAGGCGAGCGGCCGCGCCUCCGCGGCGCCGGCUCUCGGGGAGGAUCCUGGCAGCUUCAGCCGCAAAGGCGAGCCUCUCGAAGAGGGUGACGAAGAAGACUUCGAAGACGAAUUCGAGGACGCGCGCGGAGACGAAGAACGGCAGAGCAGCCACGAGGAAGAGACAGAGGAGGACUUAGGUGCCGAGGAACGGACUCAGGAAGCAAAAAUCGUCUUUUACUUUCCGGCGACGCGCCCCGCAGAAGAAAAACGAAGCCACGUCGGACUCAUUGAGGGGCUGGCGAUCUUCACCCAGCAGUUCAGUGGCGAUUCCGGCCCGCUUCGGUCGAUUUACACCGACGAGCAUGUGCUUAUCACGAAGGAAGUCGAGCAGAACUACUGGCUUACGCUUGUCUUCAAUGCACGCGAGCUCGGUGGCUUCACGUUCACGAGCGAGCGGAAGGGAGGCGCCGAUCCGAAGGCAGUCGAGAGACUCAUCGGCUUCGGAGACCUCGACGAAGACAAUCAGGAGAUGAUUCUCAUGGGCGUUCUUGACAAGUUUUACCAGUACUUCCGGCUGCUCCACGGCCGCUUUGCGCUGUUUGUCGAACGCCGAGACCGGCAGCAUCUGAGUGAUCUUCUGGAGGACUACUGUCCGGCGUUUCUCGACACAGUCGAUCCACAGAGUCUGUCUCUCUUUCACAUGGUCGACGGCUUCCACUUUGGCCCACUGGAUCGUCUCCCGUACCUCCAUCUUCCUUCCUUUGUCUCCGUUUUGCAAAACAAAUUUCCUUGCAUUCUUCACGCCGCCUUGCUACUGAAUGGCUGCCUUCUCUUCUGCAAUUUGUCGUCGGGGCCUUUCGACUACUCGCCUUCGGAUCCCUCGCUGUCGUUCCUCGACGCGGACGUGUCUGUGAAAAACGCGGAUACGCCUGCCUGCCGACGUCAGACGACUUCGGAAGACUCCGGGUCUUUCCUCUCGGCCGACGCGUCGUCGGACCCCCGUGCGAGGACGUCAUUCUCGGGCGUCACGGAUGCCGGCGCUGUGCGGCCGGGACCGACCGGCGAGACUCAGGCGCGCGCGAAGCAAGAGACGCUGUGGCGAAGGGACGCGUUCAGAGACGGCUACGAUGUGAUGAGGGUGCUCUACAGCUACUUGGUUCACGUUCACGGCUGCGCGUCUGUCAACCCCGACAAACUGCGGAAAGCGCCGUACGCGAGAGUCAACACUGCCGCCGCCAGGCCGGGAGGGGGCUGCUCGUCCUUCGGCCGCGCCAUUCGCGAGGUGGGAACCGCAGAUUCGUUCGAGGACACUCCAGGGGAUGCCUUCCUCUUCGGGCCUACGGGAGAGUCCGUCUUCCUUCCCGUCAUUCACUUGCCCGACGACAGCACUGGCAGCCUGGUCGUGAUCAACCAGAAACAACUGCAACUCGUACUCGUCCUCAGUGAUGCUGCUCAUCUGGUCAACGAUGCUUCGUUUUUGCAGCACGUGCGUGCAUUUGCGCUCGAAGCGGGCCUCGGGGACCUUCAGCAGGCGUUCAGCGCCGCGUUUGACAGCAUCAUGAAACAAGAAGAUGCAUACCGUUUUAUUUACUUCAACCACGUCAAUCGCGCCGUUCGCAUAUCGAACAGGAAGUGUCCUGUCAACGCACCGUCUCCCCCGUCGUUUCCCGGGUGCACUCUCUCAAAGCAGGAGGUUCGCCGCAUGGGGCAGUUUCACCGUCACCUCCACCGGAACGGAGAGGAAGACUCACCGUUCGACAUGUUCGGCUCCACCUCGGAUGACGCCGGAAAACGCGGGCCGCAGAGACUCGAGGGCGACCGACCGGGUGGCGAAAACCACAAACUGUACGAGUCGGAGGCAACGAGUUGUUCAAGGGAGAGUUUGUCUCCUGCGGACAACGACGGGUUCGUGCGGGACGUGGCAGACGCGCGGACGCAAAGGCGCCCGAGCGACGGUCAAACCUACUCAGUCGCGGGUUCCGGCGACGAGCGGUGUCAGGGCGAUAAGCUCUCACACGCCGAGGAAGGUCUGGGAUCCUUCGACGCGGAAGGGCGUUCUGGAGGGUCGGAAAGGCCCGGAGAAGGGACGGGAACGCGCGCCGAGGGCGACCAGGACAGCGGAGAUGAAGCUGUCCGACAGACGAGGAAGAAAAGUGUAAAGACACGGGUCAGUCCGAAGCCAGUGCCCGUGAAACUGAUGGCUGUCAAAGACGCGCAGUCUGGAUGGCUUAUUGGCAGUGCGUCGAUGGACAGAGAGUUCUACGUCGCUCUCGACGACCCGAGGACGACGCUCUCGAAAGCCAUGGAAGAUGCCAGUCGAUUCGGAUGCAUGCACUUUGCAAAUAUCUUUGUGUGA